AUGAGUAAUCAAACUCUAUGCUUAAAUCGUUUCCUGCUAAAGUAUUUCUAUCAAACAGCCACAUAUUGGGUACAUACACAAGGUUUACCAGUCAGCGUUGGAGAUAUUGUACUCGUUGAGAAAGCAGAUCCCCCACUGGCAUUGAAUACUAUGUAUAAAUUGAAGAAAGUUGAAUUUCCUGUUGGUAAUCUUAUUGAUCCUGUAACUGGACUACGUUCUGAAGGUCCACAAUAUUCUAUUGAUGCUUUGAAGACUAUUUUAAGCAAACAGUCAUCAAGUUAA